UUUGCGGUGUUUUUAUUCGCCUGUGAAGGAAUGCAGGACAUAGACGGUUUAUACAGAUUUACACCAGCCUCCAAUGGUCAGGAUAACCGGAUUUACGAUGGGACUAUAGUUUAUUACAAGCAACAAUUGUUCAUUUUGGUCAGUGACUACAUUGCUCCAGUGAAGAUUUGCGCUAAUGAGCUCACCGCCAAUAUAAAGCUGAAAGUGUUUCCUUUGUGGUGGGGGGGUGGGGUGGCCAACGGUGGUGGGGGCUGGGCCCAGGGCUGGGGCUGGGACCGCUGUAUGCAAUGGGAACCAGGGCUUGGAGAGGUGGCCCAGGCCCCAGCGUUUGACUGCCCGGUCUGGUGUGUCCUCUGCCAGGGAUGCAGGGCUAGGCUCAGGGAGGCCUGCCAGAGAGGGAGGGGGGCCAUCAGACUGCCCACAGACAUGCUUAGCAUCAAACUCCCCCAGCUCUUCGACAUCCACCAAGUCCCCAAGGUGUUCCGGGAGGAUGGCAUCAUCUCGGGAUACCGUCACCCCCAAAGCUCCGCCCUGGACUGCAUCCUUAGCAGCUUCCAGAUGACCAAUGAGACAGUCAACAUCUGGACCCACUUCCUGCCCACAUGGUACUUCCUGUGGCGCUUCAGCGUCCUGUGCUCCACACUGAACUUCCUGUCGGAGAGCUACACCUGGCCGCUGCUGGUGUACAUGCUGCUAAUCUGCGUGUACCCCUUCACCUCCAGCUGUGCCCACACCUUCAGCACCAUGUCGCCCGAGGCACGCCACAUCUGCUACUUCUUCGACUACGGCGCACUCAGCCUCUACAGCCUGGGUUGUGCCAUAACCUAUAGCUCCUAUGUGAUGCCUGACUGCUGGGUCAACAGCUGGCUGCACCAACACUUUGUGCCCAUCGCCAUCUGCAACACACUAUUCUGCACCAGCCUGUCCUGCUAUUCUAGAUUCCUGGAGAUGCAGUUUCCACAUCGGAGUAAAAUUCUCCGGACAGGGGCAUUUGUCUUUCCAUUCAUCUUUGACAACAUCCCUCUAUUUUACAGACUGCUGCUGUGCUGCGGGGGCAGCUGCUGUCACAGUGAGGCCCUGUCCAGUCACUGUUACCACCUCCUCUUCGCCUUCCUCACCUGCUUCCUGUUUGCCUCACACCUCCCAGAGAGGCUGGCCCCGGGGCGCUUCGACUACUUUGGCCACAGUCACCAGCUUUUCCACAUCUGUGCCGUGGUGGGUACCCACUUCCAGAUGGAGGCGGUGCUAGCAGAUAUGACCUCACGCAGGGCGUGGCUCAUCGCGCAGGCGGCCGUACCCUCCUUCCUGAGUACCCUGGGGGCACUGGCCCUCGGCAUCAUCCUCAACCUAGGCAUCAUUGGCAUCUUCAGUGCCCCUCUGCUGUGGAACCCUCACCACAGUGCCAACCACCCACUGACGCCACCCACGAAACGCAAGGAACAGUGACACUCCACACAACCAGUGACGACCCAGUAUGUUCAAAUGAAAAGGGUUGGCUAAACCAUUCUCCCUGUCGUGAACUUUGGAAAUAAUAAUCAUAAGAAGUUAUAUUAUACCUUUUAAAACCAGGUAAUAUUUGUAUAAACCAAUUGGAUUAUUAUCACAGGAUGGUUUUUCUACAUGUUAUUCUAACGUCAAUUUAAGGUUUGUUUAGGAGUUUAUUAAUGUCUUCACUGUUUACUUUGAAGCCGAAUACCCAGCUAUUUUUAUGAAGCCUUUCAGUUAUUCAGUAUCAUUGUUUACUGUUAAAAGUAUUCAAGUUAAAGUAUCAUAUGCCAACUUCUUUUCACUUAUACUUGAAAGGAUCUUGGUUGUAUGAAGCAUAUGUGAUGUCUAAAAACACAUAAAAGUGCCUUCUUUUAUAUAUAGUGACCCAAAUGUUACCUAAGUACUCGGAAAUAUUAUUUCUGGUUCGUGUAAAUCUCAAACUGGAAAAAUCUUUAAGUGUAAAUUUGCAGGGAAUUUUCAUAUUAAUAUUUAAGUAUUUAGCUACUGUUUUUCAAUUGUCCUAUAUAUUUGUAAGCCAUUAUUAGAACAUCUCAAAACCCAUAUUUAAUAUAAAUUAUGACUAUCCAUCACAUGAUUCUCAUGACUUCUAAAAUAAUCUGUACUCUCACUAACUGGACUACUUAGUAUGAUUCCACCAUUUUGUUUUAAUAUUCAAUACCAUCUCAUUUAAAUCUCCACUAUGACUUUAAUAGAUUUACAGACCAGUGUAGUGCUCAUUCAGAUUGCCUGCUCUAAACGUCUUCACACUUAGAAAAAAAGGUGCUAUCUAGAACCCUAAAAGGUUUCUUCGACUGUCCCCGUAGGAGAACCCUUUAAAGAACCCUUUUUGGUUCCAGCUAGAACCCUUUUGAGUUCCUUGUAGAACCCUUUCCACAGAGGGUUCUACAUGGAACCCAAAAGAGUUCUAUCUGGAGCCAAAAAGGGUUCUACCUGAAACCAAAAAGUUUUCUCCUAUGGGGACAGCUGAAGAACCCUUUUGGAAACCUUUUUUUCUAAGCGUGUCCCUGAAAGCUACAGCACUGUACCAUGUCUAUGAUUAAAAAACAGGUGCAAUUUUACAGAGGUACGUUUCCAUGGAAACUUCAUGGUUCUUCGCCGUUUGUGUUCCUGUGAAUGCCCAGUCACUUGAAUUGGUCUUUGGAGUACUCUUAUUUUUUACUUCUACAACAUACAGUAAUGGUCAUUGGAUGCAUUUUUUGAAACACUACAUGCUGUUUAAAUGUCAGCGAAUUACUGGAAUUUUAGGGAGAUAGAAUGCACCAAAUGACCUUGUUUAUAACAGCUGAUCUAACUGAUCUGAUAUAACAGCUAUCUAUCUGAUGGAAGAAAUCUUAGAUGAUGGUCACAACAGAACUGAAUGAGUGAUGUCACCUCACCUCCCAGGAAUGGGGAUGUGGUUAGUGGAGGUCAAAGGGUCUUGGCACUGUCGUAUCCAUGUGGUAUCGUGGUGGUCAUUGCAGGUUUAUGGCAAACAAAUACACCACUCACCCCAUGCUGGUAUAACAUUGUCAGUGGCUAUUGUUUACAUGUAUCCUUGAAAAAGAGUGUGGUAUCUCUUGAGUAUUUAUUCCUUGUAGUAUAUGUAACAGCACAUACUGUUUCUGUUCAGUUGUAAAGUGUGGUGCAUAUGUACAGGUAACUGCCAAAAUAAAGGAAACACCAAAGUAAAGCGUCUUAAUAGGGUGUUGGGCCACGACGAGCCUCCAGAACAGCUUCUAUGCCUUGGCAUAGAUUCUAUAAGUGUCUGGAACUCUAUUGGAGGGAUGCGACACCAUUCUACCACGAGAAGUUCCAUCAUUUGGUGUUUUGUUGAUGGUGGUGGAAAACGCUGUUUUAGGCGCCGCUCCAGAUUCUCCCAUAAUUGUUCAAUUGGGUUGAGAUGUGGUGACGGAGAGACACACACACCCUUUAAACCCCCUAUGCUCCUUUGAGACCCCUCUUUCAAAGUCACUGAAAUCUCUUCUUGCCAUGGUAGCCAAAAUAAUGGGCAACUGGGCAUUUUUAUACAUGACCCUAAGCAUGAUGGGAUAUUAAGUGCUUAAUUAACUCAGGAACCACACCUGUGUGGAAGCACAUGCUUUCAAUAUACUUUGUAUGACUCAUUUACUCAAGUGUUUCCAAUUCUGGGAAUUGCCUGUAUAUUUACAUGAUUAUUUUUGUAAAUGUUUUAGAUGAGGAAAAAUGAUUAAUUACAUCCCCAACAUCGUAUAAUCAUUUCUUGACAUAAUAGCACUUACAUGUACCACGCUAGACCUAACACACACGUCAUUAUUUUAUCAUGUAGCUCUGUAUCCAGUAUGUAGGGGAGACCAGGGUUGGUUGUCACAGUGCUUAUAACUCCCAAACUAGAGGGCGCUGUGUAAUCAUUUUAAGAUUAAAAUGUGUGAAUUCUUUGAAAGAACUAAUCCACCUGGUCAAUUUAUGUCAUCAUAACAAAACAUUGAGGUGAGGGGAUUUUUUUCAUAGGUGAAAGUUAAAAAAAAGAAUAAUAAAGAAAUAUGUCAGUA